AUGUCGCUUUAUUCUCAGGCCAUUGACCUCCUUCAGCUGAAGGUGGGCUCUUGUCCUGCUAGCUCGCACCCUGUGAUUCAGCUCUCUGCAAGAGACCGGCGUCCUCUAGACAGGUUCUCUAGGGUUGGUUCUUCGGCACAUCUGAAAUGCAACGAGUGGCUCAGCAAAGUUUCAACAAGCGGAGACUCUGAUGAUGAUGAAGGCAAUAUGGGUUUUGACAGGGGUGUUGGGCCUGCUAUGGUUUAUACUGCUGAAGAAUCAACAUUCAUUGCAUCCAAGCUCAUGACGGUAUAUAAGACUCUGGUGCUGUGUAACGCGGGUCACCGCCCUUACCAGUUGGUCAAUACAUGGGUGGAAGAAUGUACAGAGGACUUUUACAUGGACGAUCUUGCAACAGAAAGAGCUUCCUUGCAGAUCAUGAUAUUACACGCCAACGAUUUAUCUAAUGCCGAAGAUGAAACUAGCUUCCUUCAAGCAGAAUUGGGUCUAAUGCAAUCAAGAUUUCGUCGCGCCCAAACCGAAGUGGAGCUCCUCUCAGAUGCCAUACAAUACCUUACUGAGAGUUACACUGCAUGGUCCAGGGGGGGGCUCAGCCUCGUCGUCGCCUAUUUGUUGACCAGUAUAAAUGCCAAUUGGAUAAUUCUUCCGACACAGGAGAAAGCUACAGGACUGACUUCUGAACAGCUAUUCAUUCAUGCCAAGUUUCAGGGGGAUGAUGUACAGUGA